CUCUUUAAAAUGGCAAGCAGCUAUGAUCAGGCUGCCUGCGUUCUCUGUCAGCGGGUGGUAUAGCCUCCAGACUGUGUGGGCGCAGUUGAAAAGUUUCUUAUAAAAGCGAUGAUUUCGGAGUCUCGUAUUACGCGCGUCCCCCCCCUCUGAAACAAUUGUUUCUUACUACGAUUCCUUCCACCUACUCCGUUUCUCCUUCGUAGUAUUUCUUCGAAAAGCUCCCGUCACUAAAGGAAAUCUGGUCUAUGGUUUUGGCUGAAGAAGGUUCCACGAUGUCUCGGACUGACGAAGUACACCGUAUAACGGAGAAUGUCUAUAAGUCCAUUAUGGAGCAGUUCAACCCGUGCCUGCGGAACUUCGUGGCCAUGGGGAAGAGUUACGAGAAGGCCCUAUCCAGUGUCACAUUUGCUGCAAAGGGCUACUUCGAGGCACUGGUGAGGAUGGGAGAGAUGGCCAGCGAAAGUCAAGGCUCUAAGGAUCUUGGGGAUGUACUGUUUCAGAUGGCUGAGGUCCACAGGCAGAUCCAGAUGCAGCUUGAAGAUAUGCUGAAGUCGUUCCACAAUGAGCUUCUAACCGAGCUGGAGAAGAAGGUGGAGCUGGAUGCACGCUACCUAAAUGCGGCUCUGAAGAAGUACCAGAUGGAGCACAAGAGUAAAGGAGAGAGUCUGGAGAAGUGUCAGGCAGAACUAAAGAAGCUCCGCCGGAAGAGCCAAGGCAGCAAGAACCCCUCCAAGUACGGAGACAAGGAGAUGCAGUAUGUUGAGACCAUUGGCAGCAAGCAGAGUGACCUGGACCAGUACACAGCAGAGGGCUACAAGAGUGCGCUGUCAGAGGAGAGGAGGAGGUACUGUUUCCUGGUGGACAGACAGUGUGCCGUGGCCAAGAACAGCAGCUCCUUCCAUAGCAAGGGUAAGGACUUGCUAGCCCAGAAGAUCCCAGCAUGGCAGCAGGCGUGUGCUGACCCUACCAAGCUGCCUGACCGUGCCAUGCUCCUGGCUCAGCAGAUGACCUCGACAGGGGGUUCCCUGGGGUCCGUCUCCCACACCCACCAUGGUUCUAAGGGCAACCUGCUCAUCUCUGACCCCAUUCCCGGGGCCAAACCCCUGCCUGUACCCCCCGAGCUGGCUGCCCUCAUGGGCCAACAGCGUAUAAUGGGACCAGGAGGAGUGGAUGGAGGGAUGCCCAUGAUGAAUGGAACGACAGGGGCCCACGGAGGAGCAGGAGGGGGAGGAGGGGAGGACUACCAACACUGGAUGGAAGGGAAGAUGGCCCAGGCUCAGGCCCAGGCUCAGGCCCAGGCUCAGGCCCAGGCUCAGGCCCAGGCCUCCUCCCAGGCCCAGCACCUUUCCCAGCCCCACAGACAGGGCAGUGAGGUCUACUCCAACACCCUGCCUGUACGUAAGAACGCCCCAGCCAAGAGCAACACCACCAUGGUUCCAGAAACCCGGACCCUGCCCCGGUCCAGCUCCAUGGCUGUAGGGCUGGAGAAGAACGGACGUACCCGUGUCCAGGCAGUGUUCUCCCAUGCAGCGGGGGACAACAGCACCUUGCUCAGCUUCUCUGAAGGAGAUGUCAUCACCCUGUUGGUCCCGGAGGCCCGCGACGGAUGGCACUAUGGAGAGAACGACAAGAACAACAUGCGUGGCUGGUUCCCUUUCUCCUACACACGUGUCAUCCCCGAGACUGACAGCAACAAACUACGAGUCAACAAUCUCCACCAUGGUAAGAGCAGCAGCACGGGGAACCUGUUGGAGAGAGAGGACAUGGCAGGUGUCCCUCCCCCAGACUACGGCAUGUCAUCUCGCCUGCUGGCACAGAGCAUGCAGAGCGCAGCCAUGGCACACAGCAGUAGACGGCAACAACGGCCAUAUAGCGUGGCAGGGCCGGGCUUCUCACAGCAAGGACUUGAACAGUAUGAGCAACGUUUUCCUAAGAGUUCUGAAGGGGGAACAGUUACGAAAUUGAUUUCGACAGUGUGAGAAGGGACAGACAGACACAGACUCGGCUUGCUGCUGCUGCAAUAAGACUUCACCUCUGCAAUCCCUCAUCAUCCGCCCUCCUCACCAGUCACUCUAACCCUCACCCCUCCCCUCUAUCUAACCCUCACCCCUCCUCUAUCUAACCCUCACCCCUCCUCUAUCUAACCCUCACCCCUCCUCUAUCUAACCCUCACCCCUCCUCUAUCUAACCCUCACCCCUCCUCUAUCUAACCCUCACCCCUCCUCUAUCUAACCCUCACCCCCCCUCUCUCUAACCCACCACAACAUUCCCCUCUCCUCCGGCGCUUGCCAGUCUACCCCCCCCCCCCCCCCAAAUCCACCAAGGGAAAGCCUUGUCUAUCCUCUAUCUUCCGUUCCUUCCUGCCUCUCUCACCUGGUACUUUCACACUACUGGGAAGUUCCCAGGCCAAGCACUGGUGGAACCAGUACCCACCGCUAUUGGACCGACACCAUCCAAAUCAUUG